CUUCCUCAGAUUCUUGAAGAGAGUUUAGCUCCCAUUCAGGACUUCACCACUCCAUGAUGGUUCAUCAGGUGGAUGAAUCAACACUGUGACAAAUCCUCUGCAAGAGAAAGCAAAGAAGUAAACUGUACAUAGCAUGGAACUUGUGACAUAUGGGAUUAUAGUGUGCCAUCAUUAUGCAGUGCAAUCCUAAAUAUGUUUAUUCAGAAAUAAGGCUUGCUGAGCUCAAUAGUGCUCAUUCCCUAGUUGCUGUGUUUAAGACUGCAGUCUAAAAUGGUGUGACCUCAAGUAAACAAGUACUGUUGCGUGACUGGAUGGAUAUUACUCUCGAGUGGAGAGACCACGUUUUCAGCAGUGAUCAUGAAUUCUCAAAUGUGUCAUAUUCUGGCCUUUUUUACUGUUGGUAUUUUGUUUUCAAUCAUGUUUUAUGCUACAAAACUAUAUGAGGAAUACAGGCCAAGGAUGUACAACCAAUCAGCAGCCUUACUCUUGGCAAAAGCUUGUGAAGCCCUUGUUGAAGGAAAGACCAGUCCGGUACCAGAAAACCUGCCAAUGGCAUCAUUUGGGCAAUCUGACUGCAAUGAUUAUGUGACCCAAAGUCACUACAUCACUAGUCCCCUCUCUGCAGAAGAAGCUAUGUUUCCAUUAGCCUACAUUGUAACUCUGCACAAACAAUUUGAUAUGUUUGAGAGGCUCUUCAGGGCUAUUUAUAUGCCCCAGAACAUAUACUGUAUCCACAUAGAUAAGAAAUCCACCCGUGAGUUUAAGAAAAAGGUGGAGAAAUUGCUGGGCUGCUUCCCCAAUACAUUCAUUGCAUCGGAAACAGAGUGGGUGGUUUAUGGUGGGAUAUCCAGGCUUCAGGCAGAUCUGAACUGCAUGAAAGACCUCGUGAAAUCCAAGGUGCCCUGGAAGUACCUUCUCAACACCUGUGGCCAAGAUUUCCCCUUGAAAACCAACAAGGAAAUAAUUCAGCACCUGAAACGUUUUAAAGGGAAAAACAUCACGCCAGGGACGCUGCCUCCACCUCACAUUCUCAAAAGAACAAAAUAUAUCUACAGGGAACAAAGAUACAGUACCUUUUCUUUCGUGAUGGGGACUUACCUGCAGAAAACACCUCCUCCUCAUGGUCUGCCCAUCUAUUUCGGCUCUGCUUACAUAGCUGUCACAAGAGGAUUUGUAGACUUUGUGCUCAAUGACUCCCAUGCCUUUGAUCUCCUAGAAUGGUCCAGAGAUACCUACAGUCCUGAUGAACAUUUCUGGGUGACACUCAACAGGAUACCAGGUGUUCCUGGUUCCAUGCCAAAUGCAUCGUGGGAAGGUGACUUAAGAGCUAUUAAGUGGAGUGAUAUGGCAAGAAUUCAUGGAGGGUGUCACGGUCAUUAUGUCAGAAACAUUUGCAUCUACGGAACUGGUGACCUGAAGUGGCUGUUGAAUUCCAAAAGCCUCUUUGCUAACAAAUUUGAACUUGGAACAUACCCACCAACUGUAGAGUGCUUGGAACUGACCCUUCGGGAGAGAGCACUGAAGCAGAGCGAGGUACCAGUGGAACCAAAUUGGUUCUUUUAGCCAAACCAUGCGCCUCCUGUAAAGCUGAUGAGCAGAGACAAUAAUGGAGAGUCAGCAUUCUGGAAGAACCAUGUCUCUUCUUGAAGAGUUUGCAGUUAAAGAAUGGUCAAUACGGGUAAAUUUUUUUUAACACUUGGACAAUCUUUGCACUAAAGCUGGAAUAAAAAUU